CGUCUACUCGUUGAACUACAUUUUGUAGCUGUUUCAGUAAAAAAAAAACGUAGGCCUACUUCAGCUUUAACAAGUUCAGAGGUUUUGACCUAAAAUCGGGACUCAUCAUCCACUCAGUCUCUAAUCUAACUCAAUAAAACUCAGUGCAGCAAGUGUGUACGCAGUGUAGGGAGUGUGUGUUGUACAGACAGUCGCCGAGUCAGUGAAUGUGAUCGAACCAAAAGAAAAUACAAAAUCCUCGACAACUCUGCCAUUUGCAUUUUGAUCUGCGGUAUUUCCAGUCCCACAUUUGACUUCUAUUCUAUAACAGUGACAGACACCACAGGCAAAAAUGGCAAAAAAGACACGUGCAACAUCAAGGGCUGCGUCAUUGGAUCCCACAUCCAUCGUAGAACCACCAAUCGGUGAUCUCCCAGACACUGCAAGCAACAAUACCACAGAGCCCAACAUGCCGGAGGCAGCCAAGGAAAUCCCUAGCUCAUCAGAUGCAGCUACCAUGGCAACACCAAAAUCAGAGAGCAAAGUUACAGAAGCAGCCCAGAAUGAUGAUGAUGCAGAAGUUCCUGACCUCAACUCUCCUGCAGACGAAUCUGAAUCACCCGAGGCACCCCUGGACCACGACACUCAAGAGCUUGACGAUGAGCUACUUGAAGAUGCUCUUCAUGUCGAAGAAGUCAAGACACAAGAAGAUGAGGUUGUAGAUGAGCAACCCAGCAGUUUGGAAGAUAACGAGACUGAGAAUCGUAAGAGACCUUUAGAGACGAUUCAACCUGAUGAGGUCAUACCGGCUAAGAAGAUGAUGUCAGAGGUCAACCAGGAUGGGUCGGCCAAUACAAUCCAAUGCGAGGAAUAAACCCCAAACAAAUUAUGAGUCCAUUAAUGACCACGUAAAAGAACAAUACUGGUGGUCCUAGAAAAACAUCAAUUUAAAAACUCAAAACCAUCACCCCACCCCCCUAACAAAAGUUAUUAAAUUUUUACAGAAGUUGAACACUUUAUAAUUGGCCCAAUAUAUGGGUAGUUGAACACAUUUUAUCGCUUGAAUUUCUAGUUCGUAAUUAUUUAUCAUCAGACAUUUCAAGUUACUCUUCAUAACGUUUUUGAAACAGAAUGUUUCAUUGUUAUCAGCGUUUGACACAGUUUAAGCCACAAUUUGAGUAUUUUACAUGCCAUUUCUUAUUUAUAUUAGAGUAAAAAUCAUUAAUUUUGAUUUCACGUCAUUGAUUCUGUCUCUUAAUUUGAGUUUAUCUAUAAAUUAUGAUACAAAAGACAAAACAUUUUUAAAUGUACAUUCGGAGUCUACCAAGAAAAUAAUUGUUCUAAAUGCACUGCUUUAUUUAGAUCUUGCUUCUUAAGUACAAUGGAUUAUAAAAUUAAGCUUUGGUUUUAGUACAAAACAAUACAAAACUACAAAAAUAUUUAUGAAAAUAUAAGAAAUGUAAUUAAUGAAGCUUUAAAAUCAGCAACAUGCCUUAAACUUUUGAGACAACUAUGUCCCAAGGAAUUUCCCAAGGAUUUUUGGAAAUGGU